AACAUUUUCCUGUACACCAACUCAUAAACAGCGUUUCAGGAAGUAAAACUAUAGCCGGCCCCGCAAGGCUCACAUAGGGGUCACGUGGGGAAAAAUCGCAGAGAAUUGUGGGACUUGGGGAUUUCCCAGCGCAUGGUCCUGCCGAUGCUCGCUGGGGACCUUUAAGUUAGAAUUUUUCAGUCAUUCAUCGGAGAGUGAUAUCUGCACUGUAGCUGUUGGGGUACUGUGUGAGUCAUCAGGAGGACUAGUGGUUUUGGCGACCCUGCCCCAGCCUUUUGUUCCUCUGGUGGCUGGUUAUCCCCAGACCCCAGAAUGGAGGAAACACUGUCUGACCCCAUUGAACCUUUGAGUCAGGAGUCAUUUGCAGAGCUGUGGAAUCUGUUGGGCAGUCAGGUGGGGCAGUGCGCUGGUCCUCCGGCAGCAGAGGACGGCGCAAGGCGCCUUCCCAGUCCGUUGGUUCCAGUACAGAAUGAGAAUGGAGGGAAUGAACAUCCGCUUUGGGACCUGGAUGAUCCGCCCCCGACUUCGUAUGCCUGGAUUUCAGAAAAUAUAAACACUGGGUCUUGCGAGGAUCAUUCUAAGAGCUGUCCUGGGCUAUCCUGGCCUCCUUUGGCUGCACCAUCUGCUGGCUGUCCCUAUUCUGCAAAUGAGAUACUCCAGCCUGAAUGCAGUGUUCCAGAUGUGACCGCACCACUGGUCACUGAAGAGGAGCCCGAGUUGGACGACUUCCAGAGGGUGAUGGAUAAUGAGCUACAGCAGGGUAUCGUUACCAGUUCUGUGGGUGUGGAUUAUACAGCUCCCCACUACCAAAGUUUGCAGCCGUACAGUAGUAGUGUUGCUGUGGAGUUUAGUCCAACAACUUCUUCUGUACCGUCGACAACUGACUACCCUGGGGAAUGCAGUUUCCAGCUGGUGUUUCAGGAGUCUGGUACAGCGAAGUCUGUCACAUAUACUUACUCGCCUACGCUCAACAAACUGUACUGUCAGCUGGCAAAGACCUGUCCAGUCCAGAUAAAGGUUGAGUCCACCCCUGAAGUAGGGGCAAUUAUACGUGCCACUGCUGUCUACAAAAAGUCUGAGCACGUGGCUGAUGUGGUGAAGCGUUGUCCACACCAUGAACGCAGCACAGAACAUAAAGAUGGUCUUGUCCCACCUAGCCACCUGAUUCGUGUGGAGGGCAAUUCACAGGCUCAGUACCUGGAAGAUUCCAACACCAGGCGUCAGAGUGUCAUUGUGCCUUAUGAGAAACCACAGGUUGGAUCCGAUUGCACCACUGUUUUAUAUAAUUAUAUGUGUAACAGCAGCUGUAUGGGGGGCAUGAAUCGCCGUCCCAUCCUGACCAUCAUCACCUUGGAGAGCAAAGAUGGAAAGCUGCUGGGACGUUGCUGCUUUGAGGUGCGGAUCUGUGCCUGUCCAGGACGAGACCGCAAGCAUGAGGAAGCACACUUUCAGAAACCGCAAGAGAAGAACAGUGCAAAAACCAGUACUGGAACAGCAAAACGCACUUUUAAGGAGGUGUCUGGAUCUACUGUGCUUUUGGAGAUCAACAAGAAAAGAACUGUGAAUCCGGAGGAAGAGGUUUUUACCCUGCAGGUUCGGGGAAAAGAACGGUAUGAAAUGCUGAAGAAGGUGAAUGAUGCAUUGGAAAUUCAGGAUCACCUGUCUCCACAGGAUCUUGACAGGAUCAAGCAACAAAAGCAGAAAAACUCAACCAAAAAGGACAAGGAAGUGUUGGAACUUAAGAAGGGUAAAAAAUUGUUGGUGAAGGAAGAAACAUGUGAUUCUGAGUGACCCUUGUCCUCAUGAAAGCCAGCGUAACAACCAACUGCCGAUACCUAUACAGAGAUUUUUUUUCACUGUUAAAAUGUAGAGUUUACUGUACCCAUUAGGGAGUGCAGUGCUUAACACAUAUUUUUUUAAGUAAACUGGAGUAACAUUUUUCAAAA